AUGGGGUCAAGUGGACUUGGAAAAGCAGCAACACUAGACGAACUGCUGAGUACUUGCAUUGAGAUGUUUGAUGACAAUGGAGAGCUGAACAAUAGUUAUUUGCCAAGAAUAGUUCUACUGAUGCACCGAUGGUAUUUAUCUUCCACUGAAUUGGCAGAAAAACUUCUCUGCAUGUAUCGAGAUGCCAGUGGAGAAAACUGUGAUGAAUUUCGGUUAAAGAUCUGCUACUUCAUGAGGUACUGGAUUCUCAAGUUUCCUGCAGAGUUUAAUUUGGACCUUGGUUUGAUCCGUAUGACUGAAGAAUUCCGAGAAGUAGCUAGCCAACUAGGGUAUGAAAAACACAUCAGCCUCAUCGACAUAUCCAGCAUUCCUUCCUAUGACUGGAUGAGAAGAGUCACACAGAGGAAAAAAGUAUCCAAGAAGGGAAAAGCCUGUCUGCUGUUUGACCAUCUGGAGCCCAUUGAAUUGGCUGAGCACCUCACUUUUCUGGAGCAUAAAUCUUUUAGAAGGAUCUCAUUCACUGAUUACCAAAGCUAUGUCAUCCAUGGCUGCCUGGAGAAUAACCCAACCUUGGAGAGAUCUAUUGCUUUAUUUAAUGGAAUCUCUAAGUGGGUCCAGUUGAUGGUUCUUAGCAAACCAACCCCCCAGCAAAGGGCAGAAGUCAUUACAAAGUUUAUCAAUGUUGCCAAGAAGCUCCUUCAGCUCAAAAAUUUUAACACUCUGAUGGCAGUGGUGGGAGGCCUUAGUCAUAGUUCUAUCUCACGCCUCAAGGAGACCCAUUCUCAUCUUUCCUCAGAAGUUACAAAGAACUGGAACGAAAUGACAGAGCUGGUCUCUUCCAACGGCAAUUACUGCAAUUACCGCAAGGCCUUUGCCGACUGCGAGGGCUUCAAGAUUCCCAUCCUUGGCGUCCACUUGAAAGACUUGAUAGCAGUCCAUGUCAUUUUCCCAGACUGGAUGGAGGACAACAAAGUUAACAUUGUAAAAAUGCACCAGCUCUCCGUUACCCUCAGCGAACUGGUGUCUCUGCAGAAUGCCUCCCACCACUUAGAACCCAACAUGGAUUUGAUCAACCUGCUCACGCUCUCUCUGGACCUCUAUCACACAGAAGAUGAUAUUUACAAAUUGUCACUGGUGCUGGAGCCUAGAAAUUCUAAAUCGCAGCCUACCUCCCCGACAACACCCACCAAGCCUGUGGUGCCCCUGGAGUGGGCAUCAGGAGUGAUGCCAAAGCCAGACCCCACAGUCAUCAACAAGCACAUAAGGAAAUUAGUUGAGUCUGUGUUUAGAAACUAUGACCAUGACCAUGAUGGGUACAUCUCCCAAGAGGACUUUGAAAGUAUAGCUGCCAAUUUUCCCUUUUUGGAUUCCUUCUGUGUCCUGGACAAAGAUCAGGAUGGCCUAAUUAGUAAAGAUGAAAUGAUGGCUUACUUCCUGCGAGCUAAGUCCCAAUUACACUGUAAAAUGGGACCAGGAUUUGUCCAUAAUUUUCAGGAGAUGACCUAUCUCAAGCCAACCUUCUGUGAACACUGUGCAGGAUUUCUCUGGGGCAUAAUCAAGCAAGGAUACAAAUGCAAAGACUGUGGAGCCAAUUGUCACAAACAGUGCAAAGACCUCCUGGUUCUGGCCUGCAGGAGAUUUGCCCGGGCACCCUCCUUGGGCAGCAGUCAUGGGUCGCUGCCUGGAAGCCCCUCGUUGCCCCCAGUGCAGGAUGAAGUGUUCGAGUUCCCUGGCGUCACUGCAGGACACCGAGACCUGGACAGCAGAGCCAUCACAUUGGUCACAGGCUCUUCUCGCAAGAUCUCUGUGAGGCUGCAGCGUGCCACCACCAGCCAGGCCACCCAGACCGAACCCGUAUGGUCAGAAGCUGGCUGGGGGGACUCGGGGUCCCACACCUUCCCCAAAAUGAAAUCCAAGUUCCAUGACAAAGCAGCAAAGGACAAAGGUUUUGCCAAGUGGGAAAACGAGAAGCCCAGGGUGCAGGCGGGUGUGGAUGUUGUUGAUCGGGCCACUGAGUUUGAGCCUGACCAGGAUGAAGCAGAUGCUGGUGAGACCAGACAGGAUGGUGAGGUCAGUGCUGGGUCAAACCACAAAUGA